CCGAGAUUGACAGCGCUCUGACUUCCGGUUUCACUCCGCCGUGCGCACAAGUUGCUAGUCACAGGAGCCACAAUGGCGUUUGUAGUCUCCUUCAGAUAGGGCUGUGGAUGAUAUUAAAUCCACCAGCAUCGCCCUAAAUAUAGGCCUGGUUGACUCCCAGAGCCAUUGAUAAUAAACUGGAACAUCUACUGCACACGAAAAUAUUAUGAUUUCUAAUCAAUAUUGAAUUUAUAGGGGAUAAAGGUUACAUUAAAGGGAUCAUGAAAACAGUACCAACCGGGUCAAGUUUUUCAUUUUGUUCGAGCGUCUUCUAAUGGGGACACUGGCUCGUUUCUGAAUGCUAAGAGCGUAAUUCUUUGGAAUAAAGAAAAACAAAACUCCUUUACUUAACUUGGCACCGGACACGGACAGAUCUCACAAAGGGACUUCAUUCUUUUUUUUUUUCUUCUUCUUUUUAAACGAGUCGGCUCGCUAGCUGUCGAGCGUUAGCUAGCGGUGCUAGCUACAUUGAGACGGGGGACGACAGCACAAUCCUCCUGCGUUCGGUCGGGAUCGCUUUCCGUCACUGACUUAUUCCCAAGUACAAACUUCACAGCACCGGGAGAAACCCACGGUGGCCUUUUUUGUUCGUUCGUUCCUGCUCGGACGAACUGUGCCGGCGGUCUCCGGGAUGAAGCGGCGCUGAGGACGACUGGACGCGAGCGGCCUGGUGUGUUUGUUUCGUGUAUUUUCUGCUUAGUAACACUUUAGAUUUUUUUUUUUUUUUUAAUUUUUUGGGGUGGGGGGGUCAUCUGGAGUAGCUGCCGUGCGCCUGUGAAUGACCUGCCCGGACCGCCGAGGCCCAGUCGCAGGAGAGGUACCGACGCCGGCGUGAGGGAUGCCUGGGUCGGACCGACACCAUGGGACCAAGAGGAAGCCGGAAUCGAGCGUCGGCGGCGGUGGCGGUGUGCCGCCGCAGACCCAGGCGCACGCUGCCGCGGGAGACAUGGCGAGCAAAGGCGGCAAGGUGCAGUUGAAGUCUUCGAUGUCUUCGUCGAAACGCAAGCGGCACAAAUCUACCAAAUACAACCGGGGAUCCGCGGCGGCACCGGGAACCGACGACUACACCCACGGCGAUACGGCGCCUCCUGGCGUCAACGCGGUGAAACCUCUGGUGGAGUACGAUGACAUUAGCUCCGACUCGGACACUUUCUCGGACCCGCCGUCCUCCAGGCCCUCGGAGAGGGGGGGCGCGGACCGACUCGAGCCCUCGCCCUCGCCCGACUACGACAGGGGCGAGAUCGCGAGGGAGUGCGUCGACAGGGAGAGCAAGGGGCACAGACACCCCCGGAAGAAGCCCAAGGACCCCAACAGGGUCGCGGAAUCUGGCAACGGGGAACGCGGGUACAAGAAGAAGAGCAGCAAAGACCGCGAGAAGGGGAUUUCCGGAAAGAGCAGGGAGAAGGCGGCGGCAGCCUCCUCGUCCAAGCGCCAGCUGCAGCCAGAGGCGGACGCCAAGCGCGCGGAGCUGAUGCUCUCCUCCCAGGUGCAGCCCGCGGCCAGUGUGGGCAGCACCACCUCGUCCACGUCCUCGUCGCGCAGCAAGGAGAGCGGCCGCUCGGGGAAACCUCGCAAGGACCGCCAGCAGCGGAAGGAGGUCCGCGGGGAGGGCAGCCGCGCCACCGCGCCGAGGAGCCGCGCGGACAGGAGCCACCGGAAGUCGUCCAAGGGCCACAAGGCGAGCCCCAAGGGCAAGUCCUCGGGCAGGGCCAGCCCGCGCAGGAAGGGCACCAGCUCCGCGCUGUCGCCCAGUCCCCGGAGGGGCGCCGGCAGCGAGAGCCCCCUGGCCAGUGGGUACGGUCAGCAGGGAGAUGACGGCUACCCCAGGCGGAGGGCCGCGCCGCCGAGCCCCAGUCCCUACGGGGACAUGUCCCGCCGCAGCAGACAGCGGUCGGACAGCCCCUACGGCAGACACAGGUCCUCCAGCUACGAGAGGGACAGCAGCCCCUACUCGAGGAGACGCUCCAUCAGCCCCUAUGGUACCCGCAGGUCCUCCAGCACCAGCCCCAUGUCUCGAAGGAUGCUGGCUGCAGGAGACAGGAAAUUGUCCCAACCACACAAAGACAAAAGCCUGAGGGUGAGAAAGUUGAAGGAGGCAGAUCUCGAAAGAUGCAGACGCUCAGGCCGAUCCAGGAGUCGCUCACCUCUGCAGUACUCCUCGUCUCACCGCUCCUCCUCCCGCUCCCACACUAAGAGGCAUUCGUCCUCCGGUGGAGCAGGGACCAGUUCCCACAGCAACAGGCCAGCCAGCCGCUCCCCUCCCUCCUCCCGCCUGCCGCUAAACUCCAGCCUGGGGGCAGAGCUGAGCCGAAGGAAGAAGGAGCGCCAGGCUGCCGAGGCGGCUGCUCGUGCCAGCGGCGGCGGCGCUUCCCCUCUCCCGCCGGCACGUAAAGCCGUGGUCCCCCCUUCCUCGCGGCCCGCUAAAGCUGAGGCUCCACAGCCAGAAAGAGACUCUGCGGCAGAACCCCAGCCCCCACCACCUGCACAACUACCCCAGGACGUUCCCAGUGCUGAAGAACAGGCUCCCGCUGCUUCUCUUCCUCCUUCCACCUCCUCACCUGCACCACCUCCUCAACCCUCUCCCCCUGUGCCGCCUGGUUCAACCACCCAGAUUCCACCACCGCCACCUCAGGCAGACAUAAGUAUUCAGCCUCCUGCACCCUCCACCGCAUCCCAGGCCAGAUCGCCGGCUCCAGUUCCCACUCGCAGCCCCGUCCGCCAGACCCCGCUCCACAAGACGUCGACUCUGCCCCUGCUGCCUUUACCACCUCUACUGCUGGGAAACACUCAGGACAGUCCAAAGAAGUCCACCCCUCCUCACAGGCCAUCCAGGAAGGAGAAGGAGAAGGAAUCUCGUAGCCGGCCAUCCCUCAUCGACCUUCCUUUACCGCCCACCCUGGCUGGAGGUCAUUCCUCACCCCCACAGUUCACGAUCCGCCAGCCUCCUCUGCUCCCCCAGACGACCCUAAAGAAGAGACCAAAGAUUUGUUGCCCGCGAUAUGGUGAGCGCAAACACACCGUGAGUGACUGGGGCAAACGCUGUGUAGAUAAAUUCGAUAUAAUUGGCAUCAUAGGGGAAGGCACCUAUGGUCAAGUGUACAAGGCCAAGGACAAAGACACCGGUGAGCUGGUAGCUCUGAAGAAAGUGCGUUUAGACAAUGAAAAAGAGGGAUUCCCAAUCACAGCCAUCAGAGAGAUCAAGAUCCUGCGGCAGCUCAAACACCGAAGUGUUGUCAACAUGAAGGAGAUUGUCACCGACAAGCAGGAUGCACUUGAUUUUAAAAAGGACAAAGGUGCUUUUUACUUGGUGUUCGAGUACAUGGACCACGACUUGAUGGGCCUGCUGGAGUCGGGCCUGGUCCAAUUCUCCCACGAGCACGUCCGCAGCUUCAUGCGGCAGCUGAUGGAGGGCCUGGACUACUGCCACAAGAACAACUUCCUGCACAGAGACAUCAAAUGCUCCAACAUUCUGCUCAACAACAGAGGUCACAUCAAACUGGCUGACUUUGGUUUGGCCCGACUUUACAAUUCAGAGGAAAGUCGACCUUACACUAACAAAGUAAUCACACUAUGGUACCGCCCCCCUGAACUGCUGCUGGGGGAGGAGAGGUACUCUCCCGCUAUUGAUGUCUGGAGCUGUGGGUGUAUUUUGGGCGAGCUCUUCACAAAGAAGCCCAUCUUCCAGGCGAACCAGGAACUCCUGCAGCUGGAGCUCAUCAGCCGUCUGUGUGGCAGCCCCUGUCCUGCGGUCUGGCCCGAUGUCAUCAAACUUCCCCUCUUCAACACCAUGAAACCCAAGAAGCAGUACAGACGGCGACUACGGGAGGAGUUUGCCUUUCUACCAACUCCUGCCCUCGACUUGCUGGAACGAAUGCUGACCCUUGACCCUGCGCGGCGCUGCACCUCGGAGCAGGCGCUCCACAGUGACUUCCUGUGUAACGUGGAGCCCAACAAGAUGCCACCACCAGAUCUUCCUCACCACCAGGACUGCCACGAGCUGUGGAGUAAGAAGAGACGGCGCGCGCGUCAGAGCGGGCAGCCCGAAGAUGUGCCUGUGCCCAAAGUGCCCCGCAAAGAUGCGACUGGGACCUCGAGCGGAGAGAACAGUCGGCCCCAGGCCAGCCCUGCUGGAGCCCCUCCCCCUCCCCCUCCGCCAGGAAAACCGCCCUCCGCAGUGAACUUAGAGAGCCUGGGAGCUGUCGCCGAGCAGUUGAACCAUACGGAGCUGGCGGUGCUGCUAAACCUCCUCCAGGGACAGGCGGACAUGAGCCUGCCCCAGGUAGCCCAGCUCCUCAACCUGCCCAAUCAAGAGGCCCUCAGCCAAUCGCUGUCGGCCCUCACCGAGGCCUCUGACCACCAGGGGGCCCCGUCUGCCGCCAGGUCCCAACCCCCGGAGCCGCCCCCCGAACCCCCGGAGCUCUCGCCGGCGCCCGUAGAGCCGCCGCUCAGCCAGGAAGACCAAGCAAACCUGCUGGCUCUCCUUUUGGGCCACAUCAUUAAGCCUCAGGAGGAAGGUGAUGAGAGCAAUGGCGUCCAAUCAGAGGAGGCACUAACACGCGGCUCGUCCGCCUCAACUACUGAUCACAAGGACGGAGCAGUGUCCAAAAGGAAACGGGCCGGUCCCAACCAGCAGGUGCCUCCGUCUGGCGAGCAGCGUCCGCCCUCUCCGCCCGGGCCGCCUCCAUCAUCGGCUCUGCUCCCCGGCAACGCUCGGCAGGCCGGUUCGGAAACCCAACCCGGCCAGGACAUUAGCCCCGCCGUGGCUGCCGCCUUGCUCCAGCUCAUCUCCCAACAGGACUCGGAGGCCGGGGCCUCUCAGCGCAGCAGCAAGGACCCCUCUCCGGCGGUGGACGCCGGGGCCCGGGGUCGGUCCCCGCCGCCCUGGGCCGCAGACUCUCCGCCUAAACCUCCUGCUGCAGCUGAGGCCCCGGCAGGACUGGUGGCUGCCGCCACAGCACAAUUCCCUAUGGACCAGGACCUCCGUUUUUCCCACGGAGCCGCCCGCUGACACUGGAAUCAUGGGAUUGGCUCCAGCAGUCGUGGUCCUUGAAGGGAAAGACAGGAGGGAGAGUGAGCAAAGGUAGUGGAAGUUGAAUCAAAAGAUUCUGAGAAUGAAUGUCUUGACAGAAAAGAGAUUUAAGGGCCUUGUUUCAGGUAAGCCUCCCUUGAAACACCUCUGCCCCUUUUGAACAAGCCCACAUGUUGUUAUGGCGGAAGCGCUCGGACCUGCGGUCGGUCACCACCUCGCUCUUUCGUCUCCGCCGAGGGUCCUGACUUGAAUGAAGUUUGGCUUUUCAAAUUGAGUUGGCCGUGCAGCCGGCGCUCAACUUUGACAGCGGCUGUGAUCUCGAUCCUUUCCUUCCCCCUCCCUAAACAAAUGAUUGUCGUGUCCACUGCAGUGCCCACUUUAAACAAGGUUGGCAGUGUUUUCCGGGGAAACGGAGUCAGUGCGACGGUGCCGUUAAAGCAGAAGGUGAAUCAAACGCAUGGGUAGAUUUAAGGGCAAGCGCGUGCACUGAUAAGAGCGGUUGGACGACCUUGUUGAACCUUGUCUAGCUCCCCUGCUUUCAGCUUGUGCCUCCUUUAGUGACCCCAACGACCCCUGAAUGAUCUCGCCCUAGUGGUGGCGGGGGGGGGAGUUUGGGUUUCUGAGUUUCUGCUAAGGGGUGAGACACCUACAACUGUGCACAUCUGCAGGACUGCAUAUCUUCUUUUUUCUCAAUUUAACCCAAAGGCUGUUCCAUGAUAUAGUCCAUCUGCCAUCGACACGGCCCAACUGCAACGGUGUUUCUCAGCAACAUCUAAAGAUUUUCUUCCUCUUACAUAACAGGAAACCUCGAUGUUGUAACAAACCCUAAGCCUGUAGUAAUUAUGUUAACGUCUGACAUAUGGAUUAAAACCACAACAUCUUGACGCAAGUCCUCCAUAAUACAACAUAAUGCUGUUCUGCUAGUUGACGUAUAAAGCUAGAAACACACACACUCAGAACUGACUUGUCCUGCGUUUACCUGGUGGCCUCUGAACGCCUCGUCCUGAUAUGUCAGCCCUCUCGCCUCCCCUUCUUUUUUCCUCCUUUUUUUUGGCGCAAUUAUUUUCUACGUAAAGAAAAUGAUACACGCUUAAAAAAAUAAAAUAAAAUAAUAAUGGUCCAUGGUUUCAUUUUCCGUAUUUUUUUCUUUUGGUAAAAGGAAAGGGGAGGAGAAGGUGGUUUCAUGUAUCUGUAUAAAAGAAAAAAAAUAUUUUGUAAUAUGUGUAUUCUUGGUUCAGUUUAUUAAAGGAAGCUGUGCGACCAGUCGAA